AUGUCUCACCAACGGCCCGAGCGAUUCCUGCAGCGCAAGGUCGCCAUCGUCACCGGCGCUGGAUCUCUUAGGGACGGGAUCGGCAACGGACGCGCCGCGGCGCUUCUGCUGGCCCAAGAUGGCUGCUCAGUGGUGUGCGUGGACUUGAAGCACGGCCUGGCGCAGAGGACCGUCGAGAUGAUUGAAGCAGCGGGCGCUGGCGCCGGCGUGGCCGUGUCGGCGGACGUGACCAAGGAGGAGGAGUGCCGGAGGGUCGUGGCCCUGGCUGUGGAGAAGUAUGGGCGUCUGGACAUCCUGGUGAACAACGUCGGCAUCACCGGGCCCAAGGGCACCGCGACCGAAGUCGACUUGCCAGCCUUCUACAAGGCCAUGGAGGUCAACGUCGGGAGCAUGAUCAUGAUGGCCAAAUACGCCAUUCCCGAGAUGAAGAAGAACGAGGGCCAGUGCGCGGGGGCGAUUGUCAACCUCGCCAGCGUGGCCGGUCUGCGCGGCGGCCAUCCAGCCAUAUUCUAUCCCACGUCCAAGGGAUCCGUCGUCAACAUGACCCGUGCCAUGGCAACACACCAUGGAAAAGAUCGCGUCAGAGUGAACUGUGUCUGUCCAGGGAUGGUCUACACUCCCAUGAUGUACGGCGUCGAGGGUGGCAUGUCCGACGCAGAGCGAAAGGCCCGCGCAUCUCGCAGCAUCCUCCGCACCGAGGGCAGCGGCUGGGACGUCGGCUCCGCGGUGCGUUUCCUGGCUUCGGAUUGCUCUCGCUGGAUCACAGGCAGGUUCCAUCCCUCGCUGGGCGAAAGAAACAAGUCCAUGCUGGCAUAG